AUGCCUGACCUCACGGAGACGUGGCCAAGUUAUGCCGAGCUUAUUUAUAAUAUCUCUGCGCUACCGCAAGUUACCAUCGGCGCUGUAGAGGGCAGGGCGCGGGGUAUUGGAAACGAAUUCCUUGUUUCGCUCGACAUGCGCUUUGCAACCAAAAAUGAUACUCUGAUCGGACAACCAGAGGUUGGCAGUGGACUCAUUCCAGGCGGAGGAGGAAGUCAGUUUCUUCCAGGACUGAUCGGACGAGGGCUAGCAAUGGAAUAUAUCUUGAGUGCGAAAGAUAUAAGCGCUUCCGAAGCAGAGAAAAUUGGCUGGAUAAACAAGGCUUUCGACACAUCGGCCGAGAUGAACACCUACAUCGACGGUCUUACUUCACGCCUGCGACUGUUUCCUCAGCAAGCGCUAGCGAGUGCUAAGAAGUCGAUCAACCGGCGGACAGCACCAAAGCUAGAGGAUAUUCAACCUGACGCAUCAGCUUUCGUCAAGCGUCUUGAGGAUCCAGUUGUGCAAGCAUUGAGUGCCAAGACAGCAGCUGUGUACCAGAAGUCUUCAGCCUUCGAAAUCGAGCUUGAUCUAGGCAAUUCGCUACUGCAGUUAUACCAAUAG